UUGGCGUGACUUGACUGGGAGCGUUCACUCUGAAAUCAUUUACUGCUAAAACAUCAAUUUAUGCGGUCAAAACGAAUGUCUAAAGAACUUGAGAGGACAUCUAAGGUUUAUGUGAGGUCCUGACAAGUGGUAUUGGGUGGAAUUUUUAGAGUGGCUGCUCUCGAGUGCUCCAAGGGCUUUGAUUGAAAAUGGGGUUCUACCUCUCAGCAUUAUUUGUCAUUGUCUGCUCAUGGACAUUAACAGCUGGCCUCAUCCCACCCACAAUCAUCUUUCCAACCAAUGACUUUGACGACCCAGAUAAAGCUCUGGCUGGCCAAACAUUUACCAUUACUUGCGAAGCGAAGGGUUCAUUGAACAUGACCUUUAAGUGGAAACAAAAUGACAAAGAUUUCAUAAAUUUUCCUCCCUAUCAAACAGUAAAAUCUGAAGGUCAUUUUUCUAAUCUCACUAUUCAAACACUUUCACCUACUUCUGAUGGGAAGUAUCAAUGUUUAGUCAACAAUCCUGCUGGAGGUACAUUCUCAAGGAAGCUUCGUUUGAAAGUAACAGCAACGUCACCUUUCGUGGAAGACAAGAGUGUACAAAAGAAUAGAAGUGUCACUAUUGGUCGUCCAUUGACUCUCGUAUGUCCAAAGCAUACCACUGGUGUAGGUCAUAGUGACUUUGGAGCGAUUCAUUCUUGGGGAAUAAAGCGGCCAACAGCAGGAAUGCAGCUUCAAAUGAAAGAUAACAUAGCUAUGCUACCCAAUGGGGAUUUAUUCUUCACAUAUGUGGAUCAAGAAGAUAUUAAAAAGCUUAGUGAAUAUCCCUACAACUUACAACUGCAGUGCUUUGUAGAGGCCGGUAACACCAUCUACCAUUCUCAUGUAUAUAACCUUCAGGUUGUUGGAACUGAUAACUCUGUCUUUGCUCCCAAAUUUGCUACUGGUGGAGAACCGAUGCAAAUGGAAACAGCUGUCCAAGGAAAAGAGAAGUUUCUUCACUGUGUAGCAAGUGGAAAGCCUGCUCCUGAAGCUAAAUGGUAUAGGGUCUUCGACAAUAAAGAGACCAAAGAAAUUAUCAAUCAGAAAGAUGGAUUUCUUAUCUCAAGUGCCAAUCAUGGAAGGGUUUUGCAUAUCCCUAAGGUAUCUAAGGAACAGCAUGAACCUGGCAACUACAAAUGUGUGGUUUCAAAUAAUCAAGGAAAUCCAUUGGUCUCCAAACUUAUCAAGAUAACUGUAUAUGUUCCACCUGAGUGGCUUGUCAAACCUCCUGAAAUGAAGGCAGUUCCUGUUCUUGGUGAUGCUAGCUUACUCUGUGAAGCCUAUGGCAACCCUGCACCAAAGUACAAGUGGUAUCAUGAUGGCACAGAAUUCACAUCCGACACGGAAUUGUCUCCACACAUCAUAGUCGAUGGGAAUAAACUGUUGAUCAAGAAAAUACAGAGAAAACAUGAAGGUGUAUUCCAAUGUGCUGUUGAAAAUGACUGGGGUAUGGUUGUAUCUUCCACUUGGCUCAGAGUUGAAGCACGGCCUCCCAACAUCCAGAACUUUGGUCCUUUCUACCUAUUCAGGGAUACAGAUGCAGUAUUGCAGUGCAAUUCAAAUGCCGCACCUGUUGCUCAACAUGACUGGCUCAAGGAUGAUCAACUCCUUACCAUUAGUGAACGUUAUUCAAGUGAUGCUCAAAAUUCCCUUGUAAUUUCCAAAGUUAACAGUGCCGAUGAAGGGAAGUACACUUGUAAGGCCAAGAAUGAUUUGGGCAAAAGUAUCGCUUCCAAUACUGCUACUGUGUAUGACAGAACAGAAAUCUUUAAACCACCCAAGAAAAACUUGUUCAUUUCACUCAAGAAAGCCUUGGACUUGCACUGUGAAGCAAGAACAGAUGAGAGACUCAAGCAGUUCUUGACGUACAAGUGGCUCAAGGAUGGCAGGCAAAUUCAAUACAAUUCUCGGGUUCAAUGGAAAGAAAACCAGAACAUUCUGAAGAUUGAAGAUGCGAAUGUCAAUGAUGGAGCCAUGUAUACCUGUAUUGCAUUUACUGAUGCUCCUCAGAGGUCGGAGGAUAGAGCAAUAGCCAUUGCAGAUGUAAAAGGUGUUCCAUUCCCACCAUCAGACCUCACGAUUACAGGUUGUUACARCCGAACUACCACCAUUACAUGGAAAAAGGGACAAGAUAAUGAUGCACCCAUCACCCACUUUGUCGUUGAACAAGAAUCCACCUACUUUCCAGAGGAAUGGCAUGUCAUUGUCAAUAUCACCGACCCCACAAAAACAUCUUAUACUCUGCAACUGACAGCUUGGGCAAACUUGACGUUUAGAAUGCGAGCUAUCAAUAAGAUUGGGCCCAGUCGAGCAAGCAUGCCGACACCAAAAGGACAGUGUGUUACUAGCGUGUUCAGGCCACUUAUGUUUCCCAAAAACUUCAGAGGAGUGCCAGGAAAAGCAAAUGAGCUUGAUAUUGCAUGGACGCCCAUGACCAAGCUUGAAGCCAAUGGCCCAGGAUUGCAUUACAUCCUCAAGUACUAUAAGAUUCUAGAUAACGGUCUGAAAGGAAAAGAACAGAAAGCAGUUAUCAUGGAUCCAACUGUUGAUCAUUACUCAAUUCCCAAUGCUGGCUACUACCAAUUGUGGGAGUUCCAGAUUACGGCAAAGAAUGACGUUGGUGAAGGACCAGUCAGUGAUAUCGUUAAAUCAUUCUCAGGUCAAGAUGCACCAACAUCUAAACCAGAAAAUGUGAAAUUGGGGAAAAUAUCUGCUCGUUCUAUUGAGUUAAUAUGGAAUCGAGUUAUCGUGACGAGGGGGAGUGUUGAUGGAUACAAUAUUUAUCAUUGGGGUCAAAGCAAGUUAGUAGAAGCUCGCCGUCGAAAAAGAGAGAUCCCAGUAGGUGCUAAAGUGUUCAAGACCAUUUCAACUCCUGAAGAUAUUCAGAAGCAAAACGUCACUGGACUAAUCCCCUACACCAGCUAUACUCUGGCACUCAAAGCCUUUAACAGUGGAGGAGAGGGGCCACCGAGCGAGGAGGUCAAGUUUGAUACUCUUCAAGAUGUACCUGGCCCAGUGUCUGACUUCGAGGCUCAAGCUUUCUCCAGCUACAUCUUUGCAAACUGGGGUGAACCUGCCAAUAAGAAUGGAAUUCUCUUAGGAUAUUUGAUUGGUGCACUUAAACAUGAAGAUAAAGAGCCAAUUAAACCUAUCAGCCAAGUGCAGUUUGUUGACUUGCCAAUAGACAAGUUUGAGCACCUUUUCAAAGAUAUGGAACCAGAGACUCGUUAUGUUAUAUAUCUCCAAGCCAAGACAGUCAUUGGACCUGGACCAGUGAUGAAAGCAGACGUGAAGACUAUUGCACCAACAAAGCCAACUAAAUCAAGAGCUCCUUUAGCAGAUGCUCACUCCACUACAGCGGUCAACAUUACUUUCCUGUUUGGAAAAACACCUGGCGGAUAUCCCUUGGAGUUCAUGGUCAAAUACAGGGAAAAGGCCACCAAUGAAAGCUUCAAGGAGACAGGCUGGUUUGACCAUAUGAAGAAGAGAUGGGCUGUGGUAGAUAAUUUGGCUGAAAAUCGUCUUUAUCAGUUUGUUACUGUGGGUAGAAAUAAGUUUGGAAGCAGUCCUGAUAGUCCCCCCACAGAUGCUCGUCCUGUGCCGUCAGUGGCAUCUGGCAAGAGAGAGGCUACUCCAUUCUUCAAAGCACCAUGGUUUAUCAUCCUAAUCGUUCUCAUUAUUCUUCUCUUAUUGGUCGUUCUGAUUGCUCUUCUGUAUCGAAGACGCCGUGGGGCUAAGUAUCCUGUUGGUAAACGAGAAAAAGAAAGAGCAGCUAUUCUGGAUCAGCCUGAUGAAGAGGAAGGGAUGGAUAUGUCCAAGAUGGAUGACAACCCCCCACCCUAUCCUAGCGAAGGCUCUCUUGACAAGGAUAAAAUGUCGGAUGAUAAUGACAGUCUAGAUGGCUACGGCGAAGGACCAGAAUUCAAAGAAGAUGGUUCGUUUAUUGAAGAAUAUGGAGACGACAAGAAGAAACUAUCUGAUGACAAAAACAAGUCUGCCUCUGCAACAUUUGUCUGAUCAUGUGACUGACCUGAAAACAAGGUGACGUGUAAUUAGUCUAGACAAUUGCCAAAUAUACAAUCAGUGGCAUGACCAGCAUUGUUUAACAGUGUUUGCUUGGGGUUACUUGUAUGGCAAGAAUGGUACAACAUGUUAUCAUUACUAUUCAUAAGCCAUUUUGUUUCCGAGAACAAUAUGCAUCUGCCCCAUUGAUAACUGUCACCUGUGUCGUCCACGUAGCAAAGAUUCGAGUUAAGAACAUAUAGCUUGCUUUCCAUCAGUGUCUUUAAGUGUACAUUGAUUUGAAUAUAAUAUCUUUACUAAGUAGUCAUAGAUUGUUUUACCGUAACAAUAUAACAAAAAAAUAGAUAACUUCAAAGUUCAAUGCUUUCCACUUCAUUGCUUUUACAACCACUAUGCUCAUAUAAAAGCAGAAAACCACACAUUUUUUUCGGUCAAAUUGAAUUUUUUCUUGAAGAUGUGUGCUACAUACAGUAUAGCUUAAAGCUACUUUAAAAUAAUGUUCUUCAGUUGUGCAGUAAAAAAAAACAAGCAAAGGAUUGCUGAUCAUACCGUAGUGAAAUAUUUAUAUUCAGUAGAUCGAGAGCCUUUCUAUGCAAAUGCCACUGCUAAAGCUUCUUGAAUAGUCCCUUUACAGUUCCCGACAUUCUCACUUCGAUGCAUAGGCAUGGUCACCUUUUAAGAUGAAAUUGGGAACUGUGAAGGAGAUUAUUCUGAUUGAUUUGAUGUUAUUUUUUAACUCAUUGUGGAAGCCAUGACAGAAGGCAGAAUUCAGUUUCCCAGGAGAAAGAUUUGUGCCUCCUGUCAUGGCUGCCACCACGUGAUGGUGCAAAGCCUCACAUCAACGUUGCUUAAAAAGUUAAAAAACUAAGUUACCUAUAUUUAAGAUAUUCAUUGUUUUUAUAAUUGUGCAUAAAAUAGUAUGUUUUUGAAUAAAAUUAAUUUGAAAUGUUAUGGUUAUUAGACGUCCAAAGAGUAGUAAAACGUAAACAAUGGAUGCAUCUUGAGAAAAUAAUGUUAUAUAUAAGUGUGCGCAGUGUUUAUAGGAAAGUGUUAAAUCCUCCCUAGGAAGUGUAGGCAUUCUAACUAUGCUAGAUAUAAAGUAUACAUCCAUUGUUGUCCAAGUGCAACGGGGUGGAUUUUUAAAUCCAACAGUAUAGGAUUCCUUCAUCUCAGAAGAAACCAUUGCACAUGCUGGAUGGGCAUGUUUUGGGGGGAGGGGGGAUCCAAAACUUUCAAAUUUGAAAUAGCGAGAGAUGGGUUUUCCUUAGUCUUAAUUAAAGGCAUUUUACAGAACAGGAAGGGAAUACUUCAUAGGAAUAUGUAAACCCAUCCUAGAUCUGCAGCUGUGUUGGCUAUGACAGGUAGUCAGUGAUAUUCAAUUGGUAUUUAUUACCAAAUAGAUAGCCUUCUUCAUACUAGUGGUACCAAUGUCUCUCCCCCUUCAACAUACUGGCUAAGGUACUCAACCACAUCCUGAAUUGCCUUCCACUUGGACAAUGGACUACCUUCAUGAUACAGUGACCAUCUUGGAUCACAAUGCAUUAUGUGGUGUCCAGGGGUCAAAUAAAGCAUUGUUAUAUAGUAAUGACGUUGAUUGAUAUUAACAGCGCACCACAAGAGAAUACAACAAAAGAUGAAUUGAGAUCGUACAUCGAUCACCUUUACCCAUAGAUGUAAAGACCGUCACAAAACUCUAUAUAUUUUCUGUCAUCUUUGUUUUGUUUUGCCCCCUGGCAAGAUGGCCGCCGUAUCUUUAAAGUUGUCCAAUCCUGUUAUCGUUUUGAGAUUUCUGUUAUCCUAAACAAAGAUUCAUCUAAUGUGUCUAGGGAUAUCCUUGACGCUGCUUUUGAAUGUAAAUAUGUUUCAAAGCUAAAAAUCUGUAUUGGUAACGUUAACUUGUUACAGUGUUAAUUAUUGUUAAUAAAAUAAUCAAAUACUA